CUCGGCAUCAUAGAGCUUAUCCAUGUGUCCGCCAAGGAUUUUCUGAUGUCUCACCCAUAGGCACUGUCUUUAGCACGCGAUAAUCUCAUAGGUGGCUCAGCUAACAUAGAGAUGGCGUGCAUAUGCCUCUCAUAUCUAAGUUUUGCUGUCUUUGGGAGGCUUCCAGGGGAGGAAAUCGAAGCCAUGGAUGUCAACAGUCUCACCAAACAAUACCCGCUACUAGAAUACGCUUCAAAUUUCUGGUCAGGUCAUUUCCUAAGGUCUGAGAAGAUAACAGCUUUACAAUUGACUCUUCUAGAGCAAUUUCUCAACUCACCCUGCAGUGUCACAUGGAUGACAACCUUCUACCCGUACUUCUGCCAAAAAUUGGGAGAAAAUCACAGAAAAAUUUUCAGAUCUCAACAAUCUAUUAUCGCUAAGCUGAAACAGAAGCUGCGAGUCUCUGGAAAUGUUGACCCAACUCUCUAUAAGCUUUGCAUGGAGAAGUUCGACCGAAUCUUGCUAGAGUCGGUGCAGUACUCUUUGCGGAUGGAACAAUUUGGCUCAGGCCCGCUCGCAAAAAGCACCCUUGAAAAGAAACUACGACUUGCGGAGUGCUACUCUGUUUAUGAGAUAAAGGCAGCCAAGGAGAUUGCUUCCGAAACACUUGAAUCUUCGCAGGAGCUCCUAGGCCGUAUGGAACCCCUAACCCUGGAACUCCAACACACGAAGCUUCGUACAGAAAUGCAUAUUCAGCAAAGGAGCCCGACAAUAGAUUCCCGCGAUCUCAUUCCGAAUUUCAUCCAAUUAGUCGAAGAUCACACUAAAGUGUUUGGUCCAGACCAUGUUAGAACCCUGGACUGUCGCCAUGGCCUUGCGCUGAUGCACUUCAGACGCCGGGACAUUGCAAAGGCCCAAUACCUCCUAGAACCUGUCUAUCGAAAGAUGGUAGAAAUACUGGGUAGCACAUCACGGGCGACCCAGUCAGUAGCCAACAACUUAGCAUCUUGUGCAAACAUGCAACAGCAAUGGGACUACGCGGAGAAAAUUCUUCAAGCCAUUCCAGAGCUUACGAAAGCCGCUGCCGAGCCUUUGGAAAUCGAUAUUACCGGUUUUCAUGCAAACACUCUCCAUGCUUUAUCCAUCCUGGCAGCUAUCCUUGCCGCUAGAGGUGAAGAUCAAAGAUCAGAAAUACUACACCAGCGUGUGAUUGAUGGCUUCACGGUUCUGGAAGGCCCAAAGGCGCACAGAAUAUAUGAAAGUGCAAUAAACAAGGGCCAGGCCCUACGAGACCAGCACAAGUACGGCCUUGCUCGAAAGCACUACCAAGAGUGGUUGAAAAGGUCAGAUCAGCAUCUAGGUCCAGAAUCAAAGCACUCUCGUGAGAUACGAAAAAGGAUAGCUGACUUGGACUCCAAGGAGAAGAAAUGGAGGGAAACAGCGCAAAUCAUGAAAGUUCCUAUGGUUCAAGCUCUGCCCUUUGGACAGGGAAGGACUAUGACUAUAUUUGUAGCUAUUGCGAUAUUGAUUUCGGUGGUAUUUUCCUUUGGGGCUACCUAUUUUAGGAAAUAGACCUGCGCAGUUGGUUUCGAGCCUUGCGGCCAUCGGAAUGUUGGACGAAACCUUUAAAAUGGGACACCUUUCUCAACUGCAUUUGUCAUGCAAUCGCCCUCGUUCUUUCACAGCGACUCAAUAUCUAAACCACCUUACCGAGUACGUGCUUCAUUACAUGCUGAAAGCAACGGCAGGCAACUCCUCGCCAAAGCGCUAUGGCUUGUACUCGGCGAUGAAGGCUGGGGGUGCCUUCAUCAAUCACAACGACGCCGCGGACAAGCACAGCCUUGAUAAGUCGUUCAGUACUGCAGAGGCGCUUUUCCGCGAGCGCUUCGGUCGCGAGUACUUGGUCUGCGUCGAUCUUAGUUCUCUGAGCAAGAGCUGAGGCUCGAGAAAGAG